AUUCUCUUAGUACUGGAUGAAUGAAUACACUUCAUCCAUUGGAAUUGGAGUUUUUCAUUCAGGAAUUGAAGUAUAUGGUAGAGAAUUUGCUUAUGGUGGCCAUCCUUACCCUUUUUCUGGAAUAUUUGAAAUUUCCCCAGGAAAUGCUUCUGAACUAGGAGAAACAUUUAAGUUUAAAGAAGCUGUUGUUUUAGGGAGCACUGACUUCCUAGAAGAUGAUAUAGAAAAAAUAGUAGAAGAACUGGGAAAAGAAUACAAAGGCAAUGCCUAUCAUUUGAUGCAUAAAAAUUGCAAUCACUUCUCUUCAGCUUUAUCAGAAAUACUUUGUGGGAAAGAGAUUCCUCGCUGGAUCAAUCGCCUUGCCUACUUCAGCUCCUGUAUACCCUUUCUACAGAGCUGCCUCCCAAAGGAGUGGCUCACUCCCGCGGCCCUGCAGUCCAGCGUCAGCCAGGAGCUCCAGGAUGAACUGGAAGAAGCAGAGGAUGCUGCCGCAUCUGCUGUCAUGGCGAGCACUGCAGCGGGCUCCAGACCUGGGCGCCACACUAAACUAUAAAUAUCUCCAGAGUCACACCUGCAGAACUGGCUCUGGCAGUUGAAUAUCACUAGAGAAAAUUAAAUAUAGUAAGCAUCCUUUGGAUAUUUUGUAUGCAAAGAUGGCUCGCCCCCAAAUCCCAGUUUUUCAGCUCAGGAUUAUAUUUGUAAUCAAAAAAAAAAAAAAAA